GUUCCGAAGAGGACGGGUUUGCUUUGGGCUCUCGUGUUUUUGGAAUAAACUUCUUAAAUGUUUGGGAUCCAAGAUACUUUAGGAAGAGGACCCAUCUUGAAAGACAAGGUGCUCGGAUCGGAGAUGGACCCUGUCCGGUCCUGGGUCAGGAAUGUUGGCGUGGUGGAUGCCAAUGUAGCGGCUCAAAGCGGUGUGGCUUUGUCCAGAGCCCACUUCGAGAAGCAGCCGCCCUCCAAUUUGAGGAAAUCCAAUUUCUUUCACUUUGUCCUGGCUCUGUACGACAGACAAGGGCAGCCCGUCGAAAUUGAACGGACGGCGUUCGUGGACUUUGUGGAAAACGACAAAGAACAAGGCAAUGAAAAAACCAACAAUGGGACCCACUACAAAUUGCAGCUUCUGUAUAGUAAUGGUGUCAGAACUGAACAAGAUCUCUUUGUCAGGCUCAUUGACUCGGUCACAAAACAGCCCAUCACCUAUGAAGGACAGAACAAGAAUCCAGAAAUGUGCAGAGUUCUGCUAACUCAUGAAGUUAUGUGCAGUCAGAAGAUAAACAUCUUUCUGAUUUGUCAUAUGGAACUGCACGACUAUUCAGUUGAAAUGCAGACAAGUGUAACCGGCAGCCGUACGUCUUUCUCCGAGUGA